UCUUCGUUUGUGGCUCUUACGAAAGGAGACACAAUUCGUUAUUCUUCCGCGUUGCAUACACUCUUAGAAACAACGCACUGGUGUCGGAGUUGAUCCAUGGCGACGCAUCCGCAUACUCCGACCUCAUCGAACGCCUUCUCCUUCCUGUCGAAGGGCUGGCGCGAGGUUCGAGACUCGGCGGACGCUGAUAUUCAACUCAUGCGUGACCGAGCGAACUCGUUCAAAGACCUAGCCACGUCGUUCGACCGCGAGCUCGAGAACUUCUUCAAUUCCGCCACGCCGCCGUUCUCGGUUCCGGCCAUGCGCUCUCCGCCGCCGAGGGAGAUCGAGUUCGUCAAGAGUCUGCGCCCGAAGCUGUCGGAGAUUCGACGCGCUUAUUCCUCACCCGAUUUCAGCAAGAGGGUUCUGGAGAAAUGGCGCCCGAGGACGCGGAUUCGAAUCGACCUUUCCGCGAUAAAGAAGGCUAUUGUGUCAGCGGAGGAAGAUGGGAUUCUGGAUUUCGAGAAGAGGGGAAGGAGGUUGAGUUUCUGGGAGGAGUGGAAAAGCGAAGGCGAGGGUGAAUCGAAGGACUGGGAACCGAUUCGUGCAUUGAAGAUCAGGCUCAAGGAGUUUGAGAAGCGCGGUUCUUCUUUCGAGGCUUUCAAGAACAGUGAAUUCGUGGAGAAAGUGAAGUCUGGGUUGAAAUCAAUGUGCAAGGAACCUGAGGAGUCAAAGGAAGUGCCACCAUUGGAUGUACCCGAACUUCUUGCCUACUUUGUAAAACAGUCUGGGCCAUUUUUGGACCAUCUUGGAGUGAAAAGAGACGUAUGUGACAAGAUAGUCGAAAGUUUGUAUAGCAAACGCAGAAACCAUUUUCUACUGCAAUCCCUAUCUGGGGAAGAGUCUUCUAUUGUUGGGAAUGGAAACAUAAAUGAUGAAUUGGAUUUACGAAUAGCAAGCGUCCUUCAAAGCACGGGACACCGUCACGAAGGUGGAUUCUGGACAGACCAUGCUAAGCAUGAUCCGUCUGAAAGUGAAAGACAUGUCGCAAUAGUCACAACUGCUAGUCUUCCUUGGAUGACAGGAACAGCUGUAAACCCCCUAUUUCGAGCUGCAUAUUUAUCACAAUCUGCCAAGCAAAAGGUCACUCUGUUGGUUCCAUGGCUUUGUAAAUCAGAUCAAGAGCUUGUUUACCCCGGAAGUCUUACUUUUACUUCACCAGAAGAACAGGAAGUUUAUAUACGUAGCUGGCUUGAAGAAAGGAUUGGUUUUAAGGCAGACUUCAAAAUUUCUUUUUAUCCUGGGAAGUUUUCAAAAGAAAGACGGAGUAUAAUACCUGCUGGAGAUACUUCUCAAUUUAUACCAUCUAGGGAUGCUGACAUUGCUAUCCUGGAAGAGCCGGAACAUUUAAAUUGGUAUCAUCAUGGCAAACGUUGGACUGACAAAUUCAACCAUGUUGUUGGUAUUGUUCACACAAAUUACUUGGAAUAUAUCAAGAGGGAGAAAAAUGGAGCACUCCAGGCAUUCUUUGUGAAACACAUAAACAACUGGGUUACUAGAGCAUACUGCCACAAGGUUCUUCGUCUCUCAGCUGCUACUCAGGAUUUACCCAAGUCUGUAAUUUGCAAUGUUCAUGGUGUGAAUCCGAAGUUCUUGGAAAUUGGAGAAAAAAUUGCUACAGAGAGGGAGCUUGGGCAGAAAUCCUUUACAAAAGGCGCGUAUUUCUUGGGAAAGAUGGUGUGGGCAAAGGGAUAUAAGGAGUUGAUAGAUUUAUUAGCAAAACAUAAGGCUGACCUUGAUGGCUUCAAGUUGGAUGUGUUUGGAAAUGGAGAGGAUGCUAAUGAAGUUCAGAGUGCAGCUAGGAAGUUAGAUUUGAAUCUCAGCUUUCAAAAAGGAAGAGAUCAUGCAGACGAUUCUCUUCACGGGUACAAAGUUUUUAUAAAUCCUAGCAUUAGCGAUGUGCUAUGCACUGCUACAGCUGAGGCACUUGCCAUGGGAAAAUUUGUAGUUUGUGCUGAUCAUCCGUCAAACGAGUUCUUCAGGUCAUUUCCCAACUGUUUGACGUACAGGACGUCCGAAGACUUUGUGGCAAAAGUAAAAGAAGCAUUAGAAAACGAGCCUUAUCCUCUAACACCUGAGCAAAGAUAUCAACUUUCUUGGGAGGCCGCUACUCAAAGAUUUAUGGAAUAUUCUGAGCUUGACAGCAUCCUGAAUAAGGAAAAUAAUGGUGAAAAGUCAAGCCUAGAUAAAGGAAAGCUCGUUCCCAAGUCAGUUUCAAUGCCUAAUCUGACGGAACUAGUAGAUGGAGGCUUAGCAUUUGCUCACUAUUGUCUCACUGGGAAUGAAUUCCUGAGAUUAUGCACAGGAGCAAUACCUGGGACACGUGACUACGAUAAACAGCACUGUAAAGACCUUCAUCUUUUGCCGCCACAGGUAGAAAAUCCCAUCUAUGGCUGGUGAAUGGAUUGACUAGUUUGAACAGGUGACGAAGGGAAACUUGUCAUACCAGAUCAUGACAAGCAGUGCUGUGAAAACUAUCAUCUCAUGCUUGUAGGUAGGAAAACUUAUGGAUGGAUGGUGAUAGUUUAGUGGUUUGAAUUUUAGUUUCUGCUCUGAAUUACAGUGGUUUGUCUUUGGUUCUAGCAUUCUAGGUUUUCAAUUCUUAAUUUUUGUAGUUCUUUUUGUUUUUUUGUAAGUGAUGUAGUUUAAUAUUUUACUAAAACACUUGUAGAAAGCUAAUGUAAAGUUGCAUGACAAAAAGUAGAACGUUCUCCCACGUAACUAGUGGAGAAUAAGCUGUAAUAAAUUUGCAUCGGUUUACGUGGAAUAAAUUGUUCAGUUGUGGUAA